UAAAAAGUAUAUUCUCGUCAUCUCCUCUGCCUCCACUAUAAUAUAAAACUGCUAUAUAUCUCUCUCUCUCUAUUAUAUAAAAAAGAAGAGUGGUCGAAGAAGAAAAAAGGCACCAAAGAAAAAGAAAAUGGGAUCUGAAGCUCCAAUGAAGAUCCUCCUUGUAUCUUAUCCAGCACAAGGACACAUAAACCCUCUACUUAGACUAGCAAAGUCUCUUGCUGCAAAGGGUUCCUCUGUCAUCUUCACCACAACAGAGCAAGCUGGCAAAAGCAUGCUAACUGUUAAAAACAUCACCAACAAAACAGUCACUCCAAUUGGUGAUGGUUCACUCACCUUUGAAUUAUUUCAUGAUGGUUUAUCAGAUGAUGAUCCUAUUAAAAUAAAUCUUGGUGCCUACUCAGAUCAGCUUGAGCUUGUUGGAAAACAGUUUGUUUCUCAAAUUAUAAAAAAUCAUGCUGAGUCAAACAAACCAAUUUCAUGUUUAAUUAAUAACCCAUUUUUGCCAUGGGUUUGUGAUGUAGCUGCUGAACAUGAAAUUCCUUCUGCUUUAUUAUGGAUUCAAUCAAGUGCUGUUUUAGCUGCUUACUAUAACUAUAGCAACAAACUGGUACGUUUCCCGACAGAAACAGAACCUUAUAUUGAUGUUCAAUUAUCUUCUGUAGUUCUUAAAUAUAAUGAAAUCCCAGAUUUUCUGCAUCCUUUUAGUUCAUAUCCAUUUCUCAGAGCACUCAUACUGGAACAGAUCAAGAACUUGUCUAAAGUGUUAUAUAUAUUGGUUGAUUCAUAUGAAGAACUAGAGCAUGAAUUCAUCGACUAUCUUUCAAAAAAAUCGAUUUUUAUAAAACCCGUUGGUCCUUUGUUCAAUAACCCAAAAGCAAAAGAUGCAAGCAAUAUUCCUAGUGAUUUUGUUAAGAGCAAUGAUUGUGAUACUAUAGAGUGGCUAAACUCAAAGUCACCAGAUUCUGUGGUUUAUAUCUCUUUUGGGACUAUUGUGUACCUUCCUCAAGAACAAGUGGAUGAAAUUGCAUAUGGGCUAUUGAGUUCAAAAGUUUCGUUUUUGUGGGUGUUAAAACAACCUCUUAAGGAAUUGGGACUGAAGCCACAUGUUUUACCAGAUGGGUUUUUGGAAGAAACAAAUGGGAGAGGAAAAGUGGUGAAUUGGAGUCCACAAGUGGAAGUACUUGCCCAUCCUUCAGUGGCAUGUUUCAUAACACAUUGUGGUUGGAAUUCAUCAUUGGAAGCACUUACUUUAGGAGUUCCAAUGUUGACUUUUCCAGCAUGGGGUGAUCAAGUUACAAAUGCAAAGUUCUUGGUAGAUGUUUUUGGAGUAGGUAUAAGAUUGGGUUAUGGUAUGGCUGCAAAUAAAUUGGUAACAAGAGAUGAGGUGAAAAAGUGCUUAUUGGAAGCAACGUCAGGGGAAAAAGCAGAGGAGUUGAAGCAAAAUGCGAUCAAGUGGAAGAAGGCGGCGGAGGAGGCAGUGGCGGUCGGUGGAUCCUCUGACCGGAAUCUUGAUGCAUUUCUGAAGGAUAUUAAGAAGCGUGGCGCCUUCAACAUUCAGAAGAUCUAAAGGACCCAUGUGAUUUAUUUCCUGGUUCUUGUUGCAGGAAAUGGACAACAAUAAUUACUAUAAUGCUGUCAAAACACAUUUAUUGAAUUUGUGUGCAAAAUCCAAAACGAAACCUACGGAGAGGUCUUCUACAGAAUACCAUGUCUUAUGUGACUACAAAAUCAAAUGCAUUAUUUAGGUACAGAAAGAGACAUUUUUUUCAAUAAUAAUAAAAGCUAAUUAUAUAUUUAAAAAAAAUAUGUCUUUUGUGUGUACCUAAAUAAUAGGCAUUUGAUCUUGUGAUUCUUCUUCUUCCAAUUAAAGAGAGCCUAGUAUCUCUUCUUUUAGAACCAUAAUAAUAUUAGUUAAUGUAAUUUUUUUCUUUCUUUUCCUGAAAAAUGAAUAUGUAACUUUUAAUCAUCUAUUAUCAUGGGAAUAUUAAUGAUACAUUCCUUGUAGUGACUAA